UUAAAUAUGGCAUGGAUGAGGGAGGAAAUAAAAUGUGUGGGUCACAAUUCAUGCUGUCUCAUCCUUCCUUCCUUUUACGUGGCUGCUCUCCCAUCCACCGUGUCUUCUCUUCUCUCACCACUUUGGUUUGAACCGGGUUUUCCUUUUUUCCUUUUUCUUUUUUAAUCUCAGAAAAUAAUCCCAAGUGUAUAAAUACAGGGAAACGGGAACAACAACAAGGCAUACGACGACACAUGGGCAGACCUCCCCUCCACCGCACCGCACUCACUUUCAAACCUACUCCCACCAUCAAGUUCCUCUGCAGCUACGGCGGCAAGAUUCUCCCUCGCUAUCCCGACGGCGAACUCCGUUAUCGCGGUGGCGAAACCCGCCUUCUUGCUUUCAACCGCUCCAUUUCCUUCUCUGAUCUUCUGUUGAAGUUCGGGGAGCUCUGCGGAACAUCAAUUUCUGUGAGCUUUCGCUGCCAAUUGCCUAAGGAAGAUCUGGAUGCUCUAGUCUCCAUCACCUCCGAUGAAGAUCUCGCCAAUCUCAUCGAGGAAUACGAUCGGGCGGCUUCCUCUUCCUCAUCGUUGAAGAUCAGAGCGUUCCUUUUCCCUCCUAAAUAUGCCAAGAGAAUCUCGCCUCCUUCUUCAAUGGCCUCCUUCUUCUCCUCCUCCUCCUUGUCCUCGAUGUCGGCGGCUCACCGUUGCUUUCGUCGGAUGUCGCCGCCACAUGCUUCCUACUCGGAGAGAUCUGCAUCUGCGGUUCCUUGCAGUGUAUAUAAUAUUCAGGGAAGCUCUAGCCGCAUGUUCGUCCACAAUGGUCGCAGCUGGGAAUAACCCCAACUCUUCCAGCAGGGAGGGAACCGGAUAGCCAAACAGAAACCAAAUCAAUUGAAUUAUAUAUGCAUAUAUAUAUAUAUAUAUAUAUAUAUAUAUGAUCCACUUAAAGGAAAUUAAAAUUCAGAGGCUGAUACAAUGUAAUUGUCUCUGCUGUGCUAAUUUGGUUGCAUUGCGAUUAAUGAAUUUUCAGUCCAAUUUCGUUACGGAUCCCCAACUUAAUACUGUGGUGAGUUGAAUUGAGUUGAGUUGAGUUUGUUCUUCUUCAAUCCUUGGCUUGUGACAAAUUUGCCUUACCCAAUUCCCCCGCCGUCGUUUGCCCCCUGCGACUUUUUCUUGCAUGCUAUCUGUUUUAUGUUACUGAGGAACGAACAAGUGUAAUCCCCUGCUCUUGUUUGUGUGAUCAAAUAUGUGGAAGUUUAUUCUCUGUUUUGAAAUCAUUUUGUGUGAUUUUUUUGUCCAGGAGCUUUGGCACGAGUGAGAUUCAGUCUCACGGUUGGGCUCGGAGAUUAAAGCUGAGGGCACAAAUGAGUAAGUUUCGGCCACUCCAAAUUCUUUCUUAGAUCAUUGAAACUGUAAUUUAAUUAGUUUUCUUAGUGAAUUGCUGCGGCUGGGGAAUCUCCUUAAAAUGGCGGAGGAGGGAUGCAGGUGAAUUUAAUAAGAAUCUCCAUAAACAAAGAAGGCAAAUAUUCAGGAAACAAUAAAGGAUGAGAUUUGAAAGAGAUGGAAGAGGUUGGGUUUGGUUCCACAAAAAUGGAGAUUCCUGUUGGAAAGGGACGAGCAGAAGUAAUUAUAACAAUAAAGGGAAAGUAUAAAGCACAAUCUAUUUGCAUU